GUUGAAUUACUUCAAUUUAGUUUUUUUUUCAGAAAUAAAAGUGAAGGAGAGAGAAAAAUGGCGUUGCCAAAUUUUAGGCAAACUGGCUCACCUGGACCUAUGCAAGGAAUGACGAACAUGAGCAUGUCAGGAUCUCCUGGGUACAAUAUCCUAAAAGAGAGAUUGAGGGCCACACCUGCUACUCCUCUGGGGGGGUAUUUCUCUCAUCAGAAACUCGACGAGGUGAAGCAGAAUCCCUUCGUUCAGCAGCAGAACGGGAACAACACCUUCACGCCGCAGAAGAUAGGGGCUAAACCACAGCAGGUGCACGGAACCCCUAAACCACCGAAGGCUCCGGAAAAGCCCCUGAUGCCGUACAUGAGGUAUAGCAGACGAGUCUGGGAUACGGUGAAGACGGAGAACCCCGAGCUUAAGCUCUGGGAGAUCGGGAAGAUAAUCGGACAGAUGUGGAGGGAUUUACCAGAGGGGGAGAAAUCAGAGUUCACGGACGAAUAUGAAUCCGAGAAGGUUGAAUAUGACAGAGCGUUUAAGACCUACCAGGCUAGUCCUGCCUAUCAGGCUUACCUUCAAGCUAAAACUAGAGGAGCCCCUGUUAUCGAGGAUCCGCAGGAGCUGCCUCCUCAGAACCUAAGCCGAGGAGGGAAGGUUACUGAGAGAAGGAUAGAUAUCCAACCUGCAGAGGACGAGGACGAUCCGGACGACGGACUUAGUGUGAAGCAUGUUGCCCAUGCCCGGUUUAUGCGAAACCAUCGGCUUAUUAACGAAAUAUUCUCGGAGGCGAUGGUUCCUGAUGUAAGAAGCGUUGUUACUACGGCUAGAAUGCAGGUGUUGAAGAGGCAGGUGCAGAGCUUGACGAUGCAUCAGAAGAAGCUGGAGGCAGAGCUCACCACAAUAGAGGACAAGUACGAGAACAAGAAGAGGAAGUUCUUGGAUACUUCCUCAGAGUUUCAGGACGAACUCAAGAAACAUUGCGUGAAGGCUGUUACUGAGGAAAGCUAUCAGGAGAUGGUUGAAGAACAGCUGGUAAAGCUCCGCCAGGAGAAGGCAGAUAGAGCUAGGGACGGAGCCUCUACUCCACCAUCCCCUGCUCAACCUCCAGAUCCAGUAGAUACUCGCCAGGUCCUACAGCCUGUAGAGAGCAAGGACUGUGGUCCUGAUGGACCUAGUCCUACUCCGCCACAGGACGAUAAGAAAGACGAGGAGGAUGGCGCGAAGCCCCCUCAAUAUCAAGCGAUGUCUGAUGUUGCGCCUGCGCAGAGCACAGAGUUGAAGCCUGAGGUUCAGGGACUGGGACAUCCUGUUGGAGCAAUUCCUGUCUCCAACCCUAUUCCUCAAAACUCUCCUUCUCCUCCUGUAUCCGCAACAUCAACUCCUCCUCCGGCCGGAGCAUCCUUCCCGGGUCAACAUAUGCCUCCGCCUUAUCAUGGUGGGGCACCUGCUCCAUACGGUGGUGGUCCGCCCGCCCCCUACCAGGGUCAGUACCCGCCUGGUGCUCCACCCCCAGGAGGUGCUCCUUUCCCUCCCUACUCUCAAUCUCACCCAGGGUACGGGUAUCCAGGUUCAGCGCCUCUAGGGGGUCCUCCAGUAGGAUAUCCAGGGGGAGCUCCACCAUCAGGGGUCCAAGGAGGUCCUCCUGCCGGAUAUCCAGGUGGCGCUCCUCCAGGAGGCCCUCCGGCCGGGUAUCCGGCUGUAGCACCUCCUCCGGGUGGACCUCCAGCUGGAUAUCCAGGUGCACCUGGUGCUCCGGGAGGCCCGCCUGCAGGAUAUCCUGGUUCCGCCCCUCCGGGAGGCCCACCUGCUGGGUAUCCAGGGGCCCCUCCAACUUCUCAAGGUGUUCAACCAGGAUAUCCUGGAUCCGCUCCACCAGGAGGUCCAGGGGGUCCACCUGCAGGAUAUCCAGGUCCUCCAGGGGCCAGACCUCAGGGGUAUCCACCAGGCCCACAUGCAGGACCUCCAGGUCCCCCAUCAGGUCCACCUGCCGGUUCUCCAGCAGGUCCACCAGCCCCACAAUAAAUAUUCAGAAGAUAAAUAUUUUGAUGAUUUCUACCUAGGUCCUAGAGUUGUAAAUAAUAAAUGAAUUUCUGAAAUCAUCAAUUAUUCUAUUAAAUUAGACAUGUUUAACAUUGUACCAUGUACUAAAUGUACUUUUGGCGUAUGAUUUUUUAAGAAGAUUUUUUCAUAUUUUUUCCCUUUUUUAAAUCGUUAAGAAUGAUCAAGAUCUAAUUGUAACUUAUUAAUUUUUGCUGUAAAACAAGUAUGUAUCGUAAUAAACUAUGAACUUUU